CGCCGGCGAUCCUCACCCCUCCGAUGGUGGCUCGCCUACAUGGCCCCCUCAUCUCACCGUGUUAGUAUAUGCUAACCACUAACACAGUUAGCAGAAUAACACUAUUGUUGACAACCUUGCCCGAAAGAGAGAAUCUUGAAUAUGAGAAAUGACUCGAAUGAGAAUUAGUGCAUCUGAGAGAGAAUUCGCAUCAGCUGGUACUUGAUCGAGACGACAGCUGCCUGCCUGUCUGUGCGACUGUGCCUGAACUCUAUUCCGCUCAAUCUUUCUUUCUUAAAUUGAUUUCUUUUUAUGUCGCUGUUCACUCUUCCGAAGCGGUUCUUUCCAGCGACGGCGCCGAUUUCUCUUCUACACCAGCAGCACCAUCUAAUCUCCGGCCCCAGGAAGACGACGGAGCGAAGAAGGUCGUCCGCCAUCAAAAUGUCGGCCGGGACAUCAUCGCCGUCCCAAUCGCUGUCCCACUCCAUCACCCUGCCUUCCCAGCCCGCCCAUCCUGUCCCUGUUGUUGCUGCCCCCGGCGUCUCCGAGUCCGCCUUCCGGAGUGCUAUUGAUUCUUCGCUCUUCAAGCAGUGGCUGCAGAACUUGCAAUCCGAGACAGGGAUUUUGUCGAAUGGAGAUUUGAUGCUGAAGCAAGUCCUUGUUCAGAUUAGUUUACAGGGAGUUGAUAUGUUCGGACCGCGUGUUGGGUUCCUAAAGUUCAAGGCAGAUAUUCUUGAUAAGGAAACAGGAGCAAUGGUUCCAGGUAUAGUGUUUGCUAGAGGGCCGGCGGUGGCAGUGCUGAUCCUUUUGGACUCGGAAGGCAAAACAUAUGCUGUUCUCACUGAACAGGUUAGGGUACCCACUGGGAAGGUUGUUUUGGAAUUACCAGCUGGGAUGUUGGAUGACGACAAAGGUGACUUUGUUGGCACAGCGGUUCGUGAGGUUGAAGAAGAGACAGGCAUUCAAUUGAAACUCGAAGACAUGGUUGACCUAACAGCUUUCCUUGAUCCUAGUACUGGCCACCGAGUUUUCCCAUCCCCUGGGGGAUGUGAUGAGGAAAUCAGCAUGUUCCUUUACAGAGGAAGUGUUGACAAAGAAGUCAUCACACAGCUGCAAGGGAAAGAAACUGGCCUACGAGACCAUGGUGAGCUCAUCAAAGUUCGUGUUGUUACUUAUGAGACACUUUGGCGUGUGACGGCUGAUGCCAAGGCUUUGAUGGCCAUUGCCCUAUAUGAGAUGGCCAAGAAACAUGGAUUGUUGCCUCUUUGAAGACUGUUCCCCCUUGUUCUUUGUUGCUGUACAAUCCUUCUAGACCUUGAUACACCAAAUGAGGCCAUCAAUGGUUUUAUUAUAGAGCUGAAGUUGGCAAGCUUAGAUAAGCCUCUAUUGUACAAAUCGUGUCACUGAUAUCGUAUUAGUGUUGUAAAACUGGCAAAUGAAAAACAUAGAGGAUCAUACAAUACGAGCUGCGUGAUGAGAGUUUAAUUAGACUCUGGUCGCCACAAAAUCUUUAUCACUAGAUUCCCAAAUGGUCGUUCCAUCACAAGUGCAUAUCUUUUUAUAGUUCUCUCCAACUCCAGCACUUCUAGCAAUGACAGCUGCUGUCAAACCCGCAUCUGAUUUGUCUUGGGUUUCGUACACUGCUACUGAUCUGCCAAUCAGAUCAACAAUUCGUAGCUUUUGUUUGACACCAGAGAAGAAGGCAUUCCCCUCCUUAUCGGCUUCUAAUGUUCUCAGGUCACCAAGUGGCUCGUUUUCAGAGCUCUCAUUUGGAGGAUUAAACACCUUUCCUGUGCUGGCUGCACCAUUUGUGAGGUCACCAAACUCGUUGAUAGACCACCCGUGUUUUCCAGGUGACAACCCACUGAAGUUGGCUUCAAUCUUAGCUAAUUCCAUGUUCACCUGAGCAAAGCGAACCACUCCAAAGAUAUCUGGGCCUUUGAAUUCUGCAACAGCAGCAGACACCAAAAAGUCUGGCAUAUGCAA